GAGAAAACGUUAAAAUUUUACCUACUUUACCACAUACAUAACAUGUAGCACUUUUGUUAGCACAUUAGAUUGCUUUUAUCCUUGUCUACAAGAUGUACUUAUUUUUCUUUUUUUUAGGAGUGUCAUGGCGCCGGGCUAUGGCUACACCAUUAAAUACACAAGAGAAGAAGACGUAGCGUGGAGAAAGAGGGCAAUGUUUACACCAAACAGGACAACAACUACAGAAGCGACAUUUUGUAGUUUUUCCUCCUGGCCACUGAGGGGCAGUGUACAACAGUUUGGCGCUAAAUGGAACAAAAAGAGGAGUGUCAUGGCGCCGGGCUAAACACCAUGAAAUACACAAGAGAAGAAGACGUAGCUGGAGAAAGAGGGCAACACCAAACAGGACAAAAGCGACAUUUUGUAGGUCGGAGUUCUGCGGCUGCCGGGACCGUCAAUCAAACGAAAGGACCCUCCCUCUUUUGAGUAAAACCUCUUGAGGCCAGCUAGACCAGGCCCGACUCUCACUUCUUCUUCUUCUCAGUUGCUCAUCACCAGACAACACAUCAGCAGCUACAAUGUCGGGAAUGGUCGUUAAGAACAUGUCCUUCAAGGCCGGGCAGACCAUGACCAUAAUAGGAAAACCCAAGCCUGACGCUACAAAUUUUGCGAUAAACGUGGGCCCCAACGACAAGGACGUCACCAUGCACAUCAACCCCCGCUUCAACGCGCACGGAGACGAGAACACGGUGGUCUGCAACUCCUACCAGGAAGGCAAAUGGUGCGAGGAGCACCGCGGCGAGGGAGGCUUCCCCUUCCAGCAGGGGGAGGAGUUUAAGAUCACCAUCGGUUUCACACCCGACCAAUUCCAGAUCACUUUGUCGGAUGGCUCUCAGAUCCUUUUUCCCAACCGUAUGGGUGCCGAGAAGUACUCUUUCAUCAGCAUCGACGGGGAUGUUCGCAUCACCAGCUUUGAGAUUAAAUAAACGCCAUCGGAUUUAGCAUACUA